AUGUUGGAGUCACUAGACCUCUCAUCCAACCGACUUGAAGGAGAAAUUCCACAGCAAAUCACUAAUAUAUAUUCACUUUCACGUCUAAAUCUGUCUUGCAACCAACUUAGUGGUCAUAUUCCACAAGGUUAUCAAUUCAAUACAUUUGAAAAUGAUAGCUAUGUUGGCAACUUGGGGCUGUGUGGAAAUCCCUUGUCCAGAGAGUGUGAACAUGAUACUGUGAUGCAAAAAGAAGGUGAAGAAGAGGAUGAUUUCUUUUUUGGUGGUUUUACUUGGCAAGCUGUGGUGAUUGGAUAUGGCUGCCGAGUGGUGCCUGCAUUUAUCAUUGGAUACUUGAUGUUGCAAGCUGGAAAACCAAGAUGGUUUUCUGGAAUUAUUGCAAGGGAAUUGGGUCUCAAAAUCAGGAGGAUGGAGGUUAGAAUGCGAUAA